AUGAGUUGCAACGGAGACUCUCAAGAAGCCGACGACUCAGUAGUGUGCUUGGACACAAGUCAGGACUUAUCAGUGUGCGAAAACGAUGCUGAUGUUACUGACCACAACGACCUGGAUGAUAAAUCCAGUGAAGGAAAAACUCUGCCUCCUGGUGCUGCUCCGGAAGGGUUCAUUGUGAUUGAUGAAGCUGUCGAUGACCUCGAGGAAAAAAACGAGGAUGAUGAACCUGUUAUUAAGGUUAUCUUUAGGGACAAAAAUGUUGCCAGAGAAUACCGGAGAAGAGUGAAGGAAUAUUUGCAGAGACUAGUAAGGGUUGAUUUGCCAGAAGAUGACUCCUCAGACUUGGUUCUAGCAAUCUGGGAUAAAAAUUCUGAAAAAACAGAACGCAAAGAUUUGAGUAGUCUAUUUACAAUUGACAGCAAACCUAGCAGGGAAGAUUUCUGUAAAGUCCCGACUUAUGGAAAGAAAUUCGACCGAGUACUAAAAGAAUCAUCAGGAAACUCUGACGAAGAAAAAGAAUCAAUAGGACCAAAAUUAACCUGCUUCAACUGCCUGGAGAAUCAUAAUCUCCGUGACUGUCCCAAGCCGCGUAAUUUCAAUGAAAUAAACAAGAACCGCAAAGAAUUUUCUUCUCGAUCAAACAGCAAGAACUCACGUUACCACGUUGAUGAGGUUAAAUUUGUACCUGGUGUACUGAGCAAUGAGCUAAGAAAAGCACUUGGUCUCAGUCAUAAUGAAUUACCAAAACAUAUCUUCAAGAUGAGAACACUAGGAUACCCACCAGGGUGGUUAGAAGAAGCUAAACAGGAGCACUCGGGGUUAAACUUGUACAACUCGGACGGCAGGCGAGUCCUAGACCCAGCGGAGGAAGUCGGAGAAAUAUUUUCUCCCGAGGACAAUAUCAAGUUUGAUAUUAAAAAAAUUCACGACUACCCGGGAUACAAUGUACCGCCGGCGCCAGGUGUAAGAGAUGCAUACUGGAACCCGGAGAUGCAGGCAAUGCACAGUAAGGAGGCCAUGCUGAUGAUGUUGGCGCACCGCAAGGCUGAACAGGGCUACAAGAAAAAAAAACUAGAGACCACCACCACCACCACCAGCCAGCCCAGUCCGGAUGCUGAUGUCGAGCUUAUAGAGAUGGACUGCGAGCCCUCUGAGGAUUCUGUAGUGGAAUUAGUACCAAUUAACGGUGAAGAUUCUGAACAUCCAUUACCUCCAGGAUGUGAAGAGCUACCAGCGACUCCAAAACUUGAUCUGUCAUGUGAUUCACCGUCGUUAGCUGACUUGGAAAGAAGAAAGAAACUGUUGCUCCAGGAGUUGAACGACUCCCCGAUGUCUAGCCCGGGGACACCCAAGAGCUCCCUGAAUAACUCGACGGUCGAAACUCCAAAAUCUGCAGCCAAGUGUCUGAACAUUUCACCGGAAACUCCCACGCAGAGUUCUAACGAAACUACGCCUAAAGUUGGCGCGGUUAAAAGUGUCGAGCUGGGGACGCCCCUGCUGAAGAGCACUUCCAAGUUCACCAGGUUACCUUCCAGCGGGAAUUUCUCCAAAGACAUUUGUGAUGUUAUUAAUUUUGAAAAUUUACCUGGCGCUACUGGCAAGUACGAAAAAAUGAGUGGUAUUAUUCAAAAAAUACGGACGACUCUCUCGAAUCAAGAUUUAUCUUGA